UUAAUGCAUUUGACACUUUUGAUUAAUUCACAUCACUGGCAGAGCUAAGCUUGUUAAAGGCCAGAGUUCUUAACCAGGUCACAGUUGGACAAGCGUCUAAACAGCCGGUGUAGCGUACUGAGGAAAUAAAGGAACGUUUGUGCUCUGAAGGCUCGAAAAUGCGCAAACUUAUCGGUAUACUUCCAGUCUUGGUUAUUCUGGUGUUGGUGAAAGUCGACUCGCGGAAUCACCACCAUCAUCGUAUCUUGGGGCCGAAGAGCACGGAUUACAGCAAUUGCCCGGCUAUAGACGAGCUGCACAACUUGGAGCCGCCAGAGAUUGCCGAUGAUGAACCCCCCGUACCGAAACCAGCUUUCUGUACAGUUAUCCCUGAGGAUUACUGUAAGUACACAACCAGUCCGCACGCGUACAAGCUUCAUCUCGACGAGAGGCUGAGUUGGACCGAAGCUAACGAACGAUGUAAAGAAGAGAAUGGAAAGUUGGUGAUAAUUGAGAAUGGAGCGCAGUACGAUAUUGUACGUUUCAUGGGGAGAUAUUAUUUAGGCAGAGGAAUUAUCCACUUCCAUAUUGGAUUCAAGCGCGAGUCGGCCGAAUAUCCGUGGGUUACAAUCAACGGCCAUAGGCUGCCGUUUGUAAAAUGGGCGGCUGGUGAGCCCAACAACUAUGGCGUCGGUGAACACUGCGGUGCUUACAUGGCAGUUUACAACAAAACUAAUGGUUUCAAUGACGUUGCUUGCAGGCAGCGGUUUUAUUUCAUGUGCGAAAUAAAAGUCGAGCCCAAAUGCGAAUAACAUUCUGCAGUACAAAUUGAACAGGCUGUUAUUACAUUGAUAAUAAUUGUGUUUUAAUAUUUAAAAAAUUUAUUUAUACACUCCUGAUUAAUCUGCCACAAAAACUGUACUAUUAGUUGUACGAACAAUUUGGUUGCCAGUGAUAAGGCACGGGCUGAGGACACGUGUCCUUUCCAUCUUGAAAAACGGAAUGGCCGGCAUCUCACAUAAAAGAGCGAGUGAUUAAAAUAUACUGAUACAAUCGGA